UAAAGAAGUUUUCACUUCAAAAAAUAUAUAGAAGUCGAAACUACUUUAAUUUACUUAAAGCAGAUUUUUGCCAAAAAAAGAUAAUUAUUAAGGCAUGGAGGAGCAAAACUAUAUUCAUUUUAAAAAUGAAGUAGAUACUUUAAGCUCAUACUAUAUUUUUUCCAUCUUUUUGCCAUCUUCUAUAUUUUUAAAGGUAACAGCUUCGAAAAAUACUAUUUUUGAUACUAUUUUAAGUUGGUAACCCUAGCUCCAACUAAUACUAUUGUAAUAAUUUAUAAACAGCGUAUGUUUACUUUUUGCAGUCUUUAAAUCUUCGACGAUGAUGACUGUAGCGGUCAAUGAAUUUCUUGACGACCUCCGUGGCGGCAGAAUGACGGAAGCGCCAACAGUGAGCGUGCAGCAGGGCCAGCUGCAGGGUAGGACGGUGAACAGUCCAUCAGGGAAGGCGUUCUACAGCUUCCAGGGCAUACCUUACGCGAAACCGCCACUAGGAUCGUUCAGGUUCAAAGCACCACAACCGGCAGAAUCAUGGGACGGUGUCCGCGACGCCACAUCUGAAGGCAGCGUGUGUCCCCAAAUAGACCCAAUAAUCACCAAACAAUUCACAGGGGACGAGAAUUGCCUAUACCUAAACAUCUACACACCAAACCUUGACGGUGCAUUCCUUCCAGUAAUGAUAUACAUUCACGGAGGAGGUUUCAGAAAUGGCUCGGGCAGUGCUUCCUUAUAUGGAGCAGAUUUCCUUGUAGAGAAAGAUGUUGUUGUAGUUACUAUAAAUUACAGGCUUGGAGCACUGGGUUUCCUAAGCCUUAACACCCCUGAAGUUCCAGGCAACGCUGGCUUAAAAGACAUAGUCCAAGCCAUACGCUGGAUCAAAGAGAAUAUUCAUAAUUUCGGUGGAAAUUCUGGCAACUUAACCGUUUUCGGAGAAAGUGGAGGCGGUGUCGCCACAGCUAUUUUAACCGCUUCGCCAUCUACGAAAGAUUUGAUAAGCAAAGCGAUCAUACAGUCUGGAACAGCUAUUAACCACGCUGUUUACCAAAAAUGUCCCAUUUCUAACGCUAAGAAGCUAGUCAAUAUACUAUGUGGCGAAGCCGAGGAUGUUGAUGAUAUAUUGGAGUUUUUGAACGCCACUUCGGCUAAAGAACUCGUGGAAGCGACUGAGAAAUUAGCCAGUGAUGGCGUAGAAUUCGGUGUGACGAUCGAAAAGGAAUUUGGCGAUGUAGAAGCAGUUUUGACUGAGUCAUUUUACGACGUACUCACUUCAGGAAGGGUCGCUGAUAUACCAAUCAUGAUUGGUUCCACAAGUUUAGAGUUGACUCUCGAGAGGAAAUCUGAUGAUUUGCAAGACUUGAUUCCCGAAGAGCUUCACAUAGAAAGGAAUUCGGAACAAUCUUUAGAAAUAGCUGAAGGAAUCAAAUCCCUUUAUUUCAAAGGAAGCCACACAGGUGUGGAGAGUUUAAAUGAGUAUUUAGAAUUGCUUUCGGACACUAUGAUAAAUAUACAUACACAUAGGCAUGUUAAAUAUUUAGUUCAGGUUUCUAAUAAGCCUGUUUAUUACUAUAAGUUCGAUUAUGUUGGAGAAUUGAAUUGGAGCAAGAAACUUCUGGCAUCUUUGGGUUUAAAUCACGCUGGACAUUUGGAUGAGCUUGGGUAUUUGUUUAGCAAUGAGAUGAUCAAAGAUGUGGAGGCGACUCCUCAAGAUUUGAAGAUGAGGGAGAGAAUGGUGCGACUCUGGACCAAUUUUGCUAAGUCUGGAAACCCGACUCCUGAAGAAAACUACUACUUAACAGUUACCUGGUUGCCGGUCACCCAUGAUAACUUAUACUUUCUCAACUUAGGCUCAGAACUGUCCUUGGGUUCUAACCCAGACAAAGCCAAAAUGGAUUUCUGGGACGAAGUCUACACCAAAUACUUCAGAAUCUGGGAUCAACCGCGAACAAACACGGAGGAAGCUGUAAGAAAAACUGACAUCAUAAUUUCGGUCACAGAACAGACCCCUGUGGCAUAUCAGGAAGAAAUAGUUGCGGUAUCAGUAGAAGAGACUCCUGUAGUAACUAAUGAAAUAAUUGUGGUCCCAGAAACGACCCCUGAGGAACCCCUUGUGCAAAUCUCCGAGACACCAGAACCGGUUAAAACUGAACCCGUGAUAGUGGAUGAGAUAGAAGUGGUUCAAGAAUCUAGCCCUGUACAAGUGGUUGAUAAUAAUGGCGUCGACAAAGAAGAAGAUGUACAUGAAAUAGAACCAACACCUGUACACAUUUCCAAUGGCAACUCGAACGAAGUGAAAAAACCGAGAACGUCGAAUGAAAUCAAAAUGGUGCAACAACCAAACGGAACGCCUAAAGAUGUUAUUAGAGCGAAUGAUCCUCCAGAAGACGAUUUACCUAAAAACAUAGGAGUCAACAAAUUCGUUAAUUUCUUCGAAUCACUUGGUGGUAAAAAGUGA